UCCUUAGAUUUUUCGUUGAUCCUCGCUGAAAGCGAUGGCUCACCGCAAUCUUCGGCCGCUUCUCGCAGCCCUACUUCUCUCGCCGCUUUUGCGCUUUGCCUUCUGCCCAUCGGGAUCCUGGUUGAAGAAGCCUGGCCGCUCGUGGGCGCCAACGGCCUUGGCUGCGGCAGACGCUGACAUCCCUCAGACCAAUCCGCAGGGCGUUGAAAAUCGCUUCUGGCAGUGGCGAGGACAGCGUAUCCGGUACCAAUGCAUGGGGGAGAAAAACGAUGGGCCUUCUGUACUGCUGGUCCAUGGUUUGUUUGUGAAUGCAGAUCAUUGGCGUCAAAACAUGCCAGCCUUGGCCAAAGCCGGCUUCCGUGUAUUUUCCAUUGACCUUUUAGGAUAUGGCUACAGCUCGAAACCUGAUCCAUAUGGGGAGGAAGGGCGCAAGAUCAACGGGGAGAAUGGACGAAGGUUGGGAUCGCCGAUAGCAACCCUGGGUACUGCUUGGGGCGGUGAGCGACCAGAUGUCCCUGUGCCCUUGGAGCAUCCUUUGGGAUCAGUUUACAAUUUCUACACUUGGAGUGAAGAGAUUCGGGACUUUACCAAAGAGAUCAUCCAAUCAGGCCCCAAUGGUGUUGCCUUGGUGGCGAAUUCCAUCGGAUCAAUCUCAGGCUUACAAGCAGCUCUUGACGAACAAGAGCUUUUCAGCGGCUUGAUGAUUCUCAAUCCAAACUUCCGAGAAUUGCAUGUUGCCGAGCAGCCGCCUUUUAUCACGCCAAUUGUCUCUGCCGUUCAGGGAUGGCUCCGCUCAAAUGGACAACCUUUGUUUGACUUCUUGGCGAAGCCAGACACGGUAAAGCAGAUCCUGAAGGAGCCAUACCAUGACCCCGACACCGUGACUGACGAAUUGGUGGAUGUACUUCUUUCGCCAUUGUUGACAGAAGGUUCUGCUACUGUGGUCUUCGACACACUAUCAUACUCCGCUGGACCACUUCCAGAGCAGUUGCUAGCAGAUCCAGGUUUGGAGAAGUUCCCCGUGUGGGUUUGUUUGGGCGAGAAGGACCCUUGGACCCCGCCAGAUCGUGUGCGAGCGCUGGAUCAGUAUCCGCCUGUCCAACGGGUUGAUCUACUGCCAGGUAUUGGUCAUUGUCCACAUGAUGAAUCACCCCAGAUAGUGAAUCCAUUGCUGGUGAAAUUCAUGAAAUCUUUAAUUCAAAAGUAAUCACAAGACUUUGUGGCAUCAAUACCAUAGACAAAA